AUUGGGGCCGCGGCGCACGCGCAGAGGGCACGUACGGCGGCCGAGCGGGGCCGUCCCGCCCUCGCCUUUUGUGCGGCGGGGGCGGCCGGCGGGAGCCCAGCAGGACACCGAGGCGGACCCAGCCCGUGCCGGCACCAUGGGCUCCAAGCAGAUCGCCCAGGAGACGUUCGAUGAGGCGGUGCAGGAGAACAUCACCGAGUUCGAGAUGGAGCCCGAGGAGGCUGUGAGAGAAGCCGUGCUGCAGUUCGAGGCCCAAGGUGUGGACCUGAGCAAUAUUGUGAAGGCUGUGCGACCUCCUGCCUCUGAGAACGGGCAAAGGCAAAAGCACCAAAUCCUGCUGACCCUGGAGAGCCUGGCCGGGGCCGUGGCGGAGCAGGACGUGGCCCAGCUGCCGCAGCAGCUGGCGGCGCUGGCGGCGCAGUGCAAGGAGCAGCUGGCCUUCCGCUGCCUGGCCGGCCGCCACGGCGCCUACGCCGCGGUGCUGUCGGCCUGCCGGCUGGCCGCAGGGCACAGGGAGCUGCUGCUGCAGGGCCUGGCCGCGCUGGCCGCCCUGCUGGACGGGCAGCCGGACCUGCUGGACGCGGCGGGGCGGGAGCUGCUGCUGCAGAGCCUGCGGGAGCGGCGCGGCGACGCCGAGGUGACGCUGGCCGGGAUCCGCUGCGUGCGCCACGCCUGCCUCAAGCACGAGCACAACCGGCAGGCCUUCGUGCGCGGCGGCGUGCUGCCCGCGCUCACCGGGGCCAUCACCGGGGCCCUCGCCCGGCACGGCGGCGCCGCCGAGCUCGUCAGGACCGCCGCCUCGGCCCUCAGGGUCAUGACCUUCGACGAUGACAUCCGAGUGCCCUUCGGGCACGCCCACGACCACGCCAAGAUGAUCGUGCUGGAGAACGACGGGCUGAGAGUCCUCAUCGAGGCUGCUAAAGCCUUCAGGGAUAACUCUGCGGUUCUCAGCGAGCUCUGCGCCACCCUCUCCCGCCUCUCCGUCAGGAACGAGUUCUGCCAGGAGAUCGUGGACCUGGGGGGCUUGAACUUCAUGGUGACUCUGCUGGCUGACUGCAUGGAGCACGCUGACGUGGUGAAGCAGGUGCUCAGCGCCAUCCGCGCCGUGGCCGGCAACGACGACGUCAAGGACGCCAUCGUGGACGCCGGGGCCACCGAGCUCAUCGUGCUGGCCAUCAGCCACCACCUGGGCAACCCGCAGAUCUGCGAGCAGGGCUGCGCUGCCCUGUGCAUGCUGGCCCUGCGCAAGCCCGAGAACUGCAGCGUCAUCAUGGAGGGCGGCGGGGCCCUGGCUGCCCUGCAGGCCAUGAAGGCUCACCCGCGGGAGGUGGCUGUGCAGAAGCAGGCCUGCAUGCUGAUCCGGAACCUGGUGUCGCGCAGCCGGGAGCUGUGCGGGCCCAUCCUGGCGCUGGGGGCCGAGGUGCUGAUCGCCGAGGCGCGCGCCGCCCACCGCGACUGCGACGACGUGGCCAGGGCCGCGCUCAGGGACCUGGGCUGCCAGGUGGAGCUGCGGGAGCUCUGGACGGGCCAGAGGGGCGGCCUGGCUCAGUGAGGGCUCCUGGCAGCAGCAGCAGGGAGGGUGCGGAGCGCCCGAGCCCCCGGGCCUGGCGGAGGCAGCCUUGGAUGGGUCUGCCAUGGAUGGGUCU